AUGUUCGCUCGCCAGACUUUCCGCUGCGCGCAGCCCCUGAAGCAGAGCUUCCGCAAGUACUCUGCUGAGGGUGCCCCCAAGGCCGCUCCCAACACCGCCGAGCCGGCGCCCAAGAAGUCCAACCUCACCCCAAUCUAUGUCGCCGUCGGCCUCGCCGGUCUCGGUGCUGGUUUCUACCGUUACAGCUCCAGCGCCAGCUCCAACUCCGCGCCUAUCGAGCUCAAGGACCGCCCCAAGGUCUUCAAUGGCGAAUGGGUGGACCUCAAGCUUGCCAACAUUGAGACACUGAGCCACAACACCAAGCGCUUCCGCUUUGAGUUCGAUGACAAGGAAGCUGUCUCUGGUCUCCCUGUUGCCUCUGCGUUGCUGACCAGGUUCAAGCCCGCGGGUGCUGAGAAGAACGUCCUUCGUCCCUACACCCCCACCAGCGAUGAAGAUGUUCCCGGCUACCUCGAGCUCGUGAUCAAGGCCUACCCCGGCGGCCCCAUGUCCGAGCACAUCCACUCCAUGAACGUCGAUCAGCGCCUGUCGUUCAAGGGUCCGCUCCCCAAAUACCCCUGGGAGGCCAACAAGCACGACCACAUCUGCCUGAUCGCCGGCGGCACGGGCAUCACGCCGAUGUACCAGCUGGCGCGCCGGAUCUUCAAGAACCCCGAGGACCGCACCAAGGUGACGCUGGUUUUCGGCAACGUCAGCGAGGACGACAUCCUGCUGAAGAAGGAGCUGCAGGAUCUGGAGAACACGUACCCGCAGCGGUUCCGCGCGUUCUACGUCCUGGACAACCCGCCUGAGGGCUGGACCGGCGGCAAGGGCUUCAUCACCAAGGAGCUGCUGAAGACUGUCCUCCCCGAACCCAAAGAGGAGAACAUCAAGUUGUUUGUGUGCGGCCCGCCUGGUCUGUACAAGGCCAUUAGCGGCGGCAAGGUCAGCCCCCAGGACCAGGGUGAACUUUCUGGUAUCCUGAAGGAGCUGGGCUACUCCAAGGACCAAGUCUUUAAGUUCUAG